UCCCACGGUCGACUCCACACUAUCCACAUUCGGAUCAAGAGGUUUGCUUUAGUUCAGUGUUUUGCUAACCCACUUGUAAUAACCGUUUAAUUAUAGGCGAGCUAAGUUGGCGUUGUGAGAGGACCACAGAGGAAUUUGUUCAGCAACAAGUUUGGAACACAUGCACUCGCUACAAAGUUGCAAACAACGUUUUUUGAAUGGAGGCUUCGGCUGUGAGAGCCAUAGUGAAGUUCGGAGAGGGGGCGCAGGCUGGGGUGGUAGGCUAUCUGAUUUGACGUUAUAAUCAGACAGUAUCCUGUUGCGAGCAAGAGUCAGCUGGCUCACCGAGGAGAGGACGGAGCUUAUUCUCGCUAUUAUUCGGAUCUUUGUCCAUUCCGGAGUAGACCUAGGUAUAAUUGCUUCCGCGGGAUAGCUGACACACUACGGGAGAAACUACUAUAACUUCGGGUUGGGAUCUCCACGUCAGAAUACCGCGUGACAGUGCUCUCUCUCCGCUGACUGGACUGGACAGUAGACUGCGGUAAUAUUUUACUUUGGGAGUAACGAGAGUUUGGAUUUCAUAUUUUCGUUUCAAUUGUUUACUGUGUUGAACGUUGUUUUUAUUGGCUAGCCUACUUUUAAAUAAAUUGGACAGAACAUUUUUUUUGUGAAAGUUGUGGCUCGAACCUUAAAUCAGAUCAUAGUUUAUACACAUUUUGUAAUUCACUUCAAGAUGGAUAAAUACGACGAUUUGGAUCUUGAGGCAAGUAAGUUUUUAGAAGACCUCAAUAUGUAUGAGGCAUCUAGGGACGGGCUGUUCCGAAUGAAGAAGGAUGCACGGAACAACUCCGACUUUGAAGAAACCAGGAGAGUUUUUGCCUCCAAAAUGACAAAAAUCCACAUACAGAAACAGCAAGAGGAAAUUGCCAAAAGCAAUUUGGUUGUGAGAAUGAACGGGGGUCAAAACAGAGCGGCAGACAGCACGUUUUACACCAAAGACAGGCCGCCUAUCAAUAGCUACAGACCGGCAGGGGAAGCUGCAGCCAAGCCUCCCAUACUCUCUGGCCCUUUGCCAGGCACCGCCAGUGGCGCGAGUCAGUACGCGCCCUAUGACGCUCUGAAACACCAUUCACCCAGUCAACAGUCAUACGGCUACGGAAACAAUUACGAUAACAAGGAGCGUUUUGAGCCGCAUUCUUACCACCACGCCUUGAGUCCCACCAGCCCUGGGAACGCACACACACAUGCUUCUGGUCACCCUGCCAGUCCCUCGGGCACUUCGGCCUCCUACUCCUCCAGGGGUGGCCAGGCCUCCUCAGGAUCCUCCAGCCCUGCUGGAUCAUCAGGCCUUAUGUGCAGCCCAUCUCAGCAGCCCCCACACCACUCACCAUCUCCCCCCUUCUCUGACAGCCUACAGUCUCUGAGCCCCACUAGACUGCACCAGAGCAAGGCUGCCACCCUACUGGUGCAGCAGAGACCCCCCAUGUUGUCUGAUGCUGGGGCUGCAGCAGACUGGAUGCGGAGCUUGGGGCACCCAGACCUGUUAGAACCACUCCCUCUGAGUGCCUUCACUGGCGGAGCUGACCUGUACCAGCAGCUGUCUCCCCAACUUGCCACUGUUACACCACCAACAGGCCCUUACUCAGCAGCAUCCUCUAUGAGCCCAAGAUCAACAGCCAACCAUGGAAAUCUAGGCCAGAACGGGCUCUCUCAGAGUCCUGUGGUUCUCACCCCCAGCCCCACCCGUGCUCAAGUGGCUGUCCCAGCCCCACCUGCACCCCCAUCUGAGGCAGCCCAGCCCAAAGCCACAGCUGGAGCUUACUUCCCUGCCUCUGCCUCUCCCUCUGGAAUCAGUGUCUCUAGAAGCUUUGGCCAUGGUCAAGGUGUAGGCCAGGCGCAGGGCAGGCAAGUGGCCAUGGGGGUGGAUGUGCCCUCUGGCCUAGACAGCCAGCUGUCCUCUGGUGGUGAGGCAUGCCAACCCCAGCCCCAGUCUGAAGCCCCCAGCACCCCCAGAGCUCUCAAACUGCCCAGCCAGACUCUCCAUGUCCAACCGGAGCAGGGGCCGUCUGCCGCCGAGAUCAAAUUAGAAGCCCUGACCAAGCGUCUGGAGAAGGAGAUGGACGCCCAGCCCAAGGCAGACUACUUCGGGAGCUGUGUGAAGUGUAACAAGGCGGUGUACGGAGCCACUGAGGCCUGCCAGGCUAUGGGAAGCCUCUAUCAUGAUGUCUGCUUCACCUGCAGCGCCUGCAGCAGAAGGCUACGGGGGAAAGCAUUUUACUACGUCGGUGGGAAGGUGUUCUGUGAAGAGGACUUCCUGUAUUCUGGAUUCCAGCAGUCUGCAGACAAGUGUAACGCAUGCGGACAUCUGAUCAUGGAUAUGAUCCUGCAGGCCCUUGGGAAGUCCUACCACCCUGGCUGUUUCCGUUGUGUCAUCUGUAAUGACAGUCUGGACGGAGUGCCCUUCACUGUGGACACAGAGAACAAGAUUUACUGUGUCAAAGACUACCACAGGGUCUUGGCCCCCAAAUGUGCAGCAUGUAACCAGCCCAUUCUGCCUUCAGAGGGCUCUGAUGAAACCAUCCGAGUGGUAUCCAUGGAUAAAGACUACCACGUGGAGUGCUAUCACUGUGAAGACUGUCAGAUGGAGCUGAACGACGAGGAGGGGCACCGCUGCUACCCGCUGAACGGCCACCUCCUCUGCCACGCCUGCCACCUGAAGCACAUCGAGCCGGGCUGCGCCUCGCCCACCGCUGCCUCCUACCAGCACCAGUUCUAGUUUUAGGAUCUAGUGCAUGGUGCCACCAGGUGGCCCUCUGAACUAACUGCCAAUAACCAGCCACAACCAAUCUGCCAAAAUAAAUCUGUCUAUAAUGGUUUGGAUGAUAAUGUGUGCCUUUACUGUACAUCUCUGAUGUAAGUGUGGUCUCAGUUAGGGUUAAUUGUGCUAUUUGUUGAUUGAUUGAUUGAUUGAUUGAUUGCGUGUGUGGGAGUGUGCUUGUAAAUGACCUGUUAUUAUUUUUUGUGUAAAAAUCAAUUUCUCUAUUGAAGACAUUGUUUUAUUAGUUGUAAAGUGUUGAACUUUCAUCUGACACGAAUGUUAAUAAUCUGGAAAUAACAAACAUUUUAUA